AUGCACAUCGAGAAGAACAUUGGUGAGAGCAUAUUGGGGACAUUGCUUGGCAUUGAUGGUAAAUGUAAGGAUAGUGAGAAGGCUCGGCUUGCCUUACAGAAUCUUGGGAUCAGGAAGGAUCAACAUCCUAUGGUGGAGAAUGGCAAGUAUACUUUGCCACCAGCGUUGUACAGCUUAGGCAAGCAUGAGAAGGAAAUGUUAUGCAAAUUCCUACAAGGAGUGAGGAUGCCUGAUGGUUUUGCAGCAAAUAUAAAGAGAUGCGUGGAUGUCAAGGGAUGUAAGGUUUCUGGAUUGAAGACUCAUGACUAUCAUGUUAUAUUACAUAAACUAUUACCACUAGUAGUACGCGACAUAUUGCCUCAAGAUGUUGCUAUCCCAUUGAUUCAGCUAAGUAGAUUCUUCAGUUCAUUAUGUUCAAAGGAACUGGUGGAAAGUGACCUUGAAAAACUAACCUCUUCAAUUGGAGAGACUUUAUGUCGGCUAGAGAUGUUAUUCCCACCAGCAUUUUUUGAUAUUAUGAUUCAUUUGCUUGUCCCACCUUCAGUUCAUUAUGAAUAUUUCGGCUAG